AUGCGCUCUGCCAGCGCCACCAAGCGGUCAAGAACGGAAAGCGCGCGCCACCGCCUUAAAAACAGCCAGACCCAAAGCCGUGACGUAAAUCAGACGCGACCUUCACUUCCGCAACUCCCGAACUUCCGGACCAAGCCUCAGCCCCAGUCCGCCCGCGAAUGGCGGACACGGCGGGCGUCCGGCUCCACGCUGGUGCAAACGGCGAAGCAGCCGCCAUCCCGAAGCCCGCCACGACUUCCCCGCACACCUCUGCAGGUCGGCGCGAUGCGGCGCCGCUUCUGGGGCGUGCUCAACUGCCUGUGCGCCGGCGCCUUCGGGGCCCUGGCCGCCGCCUCGGCCAAGCUGGCCUUCAGCCGCGAGAUGAGCCUGGCCUUCUCCAUCUUGGCCAUCGUCAUGAUGGGGCUCACCAACACACUGAUGUGGACGUUCUUCAACCGCGGCCUUACUUUCUCCAUGUCUUCGGCGGUGGCUUCUGUCACAGUGACCUUUUCUAACACCCUCAGCUCGGCUCUCCUGGGCUAUGUUUUGUAUGGAGAGUGUCAGGAGGUUCAGUGGUGGGGAGGAGUCUUCCUCAUUCUCUGCGGACUCGUCCUUAUCCACCGGACUCUACCACCCAGCCUUGAGGCUUCUCAACACAAGAGGAAGUAACCCAGGCAACUGGUAGACUGAUGGAAAGAACCCCAAUGCUAACUGCAGUGGGUUUCAUGGAGGUGCAGCCUUCAGACAUCAGCAGAGGGAGAUGCAGGCAUCCCCAAGUGUGGACCUCGCUGCUGCUUUGAGGAAAGCGUCACCCAUGUCAGCUUCCACAUCCCUGCAGGAACCUUCCUGAAAGAUCUGGAUGGGACUUCGGAUUCUCCUGCUCUCAGGCUGGAUGGAUUCUGGGCGGUCCCAGGAGUUGGUGCGAUUUGUUUUCUGUGUGGUGCUUGAGGACACCCAGUAAUCUACGAACUGUUGCCUGACAAAGGCCAGUCUGGUGGUUGGAGAUGGGCUCCCUGACCGCUGAUGUGGUCUCACACGCACAGUUUGUGCUGCAUGCUGAGACCAAGACAGGAAAACUGAACGAAUAAAAGCCUUUUUGUAAUUUUAAAA